AUGGCCCUGUUCUUCCUGUUUUGGCUCACAAUCGUCAUGUCUAUUAGUAUCAUUCACACUUUGCCUCCUACCGCCCCCCCGCUGAUCCCAGACCACCCCUUCGUGGCCAUAUGGAACGCUCCUGUGGACCAGUGCCGAAGGCUGGACCUGGUGCUGGACACUGGGGCCUUCCAGGAGGUGACGACGCCCGCCGCCGUGCCCGGUCAGUACCUCUCCCUCUUCUACGAGGAGCGCCUGGGAAAUUACCCUAGAAUCGACAGGAACAACGUGAGCCACCACGGAGCCGUCCCCCAAAGAGUCGACCUGACGGAGCAUCUGGCCAAGGCGAAAAAGCAGAUUAACAGUUAUAUCCCCAAGGAUUCCAGUCCUGGACUGGCCGUCAUUGACUGGGAGUCGUGGCGUCCGCUGUGGGACCAGAACUGGGGCUCAAAACGAAUGUAUCAGAGUCUGUCCCGCGUUUAUGCUGAAGAACAGGCCCCGCAUUCAUCCUCCCAGGCCGCCUCUAAAGCCGCCAAGCAUCAGUUCGAGCGCGCGGCCCGCUCCUUGAUGGAGGAGACCCUCCGCCUCGGGGUCCGAGAGCGUCCCAGCCGCCGCUGGGGCUUCUACCUGUUCCCCGACUGCUACAACUACGGCUGGGAGACGCCUGCGUACACGGGGAGGUGCUCCGAUAAGACCCAGAGGCAGAACGAGCAGAUGCUGUGGCUGUGGGAGCGCAGCACCGCCCUCUUCCCCUCCAUCUACCUCCCCCAGUCGCUCCACAGCUCCCACAACGCCGCGCUCUACGUGCGGCACCGCGUCCAGGAGGCCGUGAGGGUGGCGGCGCUGCCCAGACGUCCGUUCACGAGCCCGGUCUACGUCUACUCCAGGCCGCUGUACAGGGACCAGAACACCAGGUUCCUCAGCGAGAUGGACCUGGUGAGUUCUGUUGGAGAGAGCGCCGCUCUGGGAGCUGCAGGAGUUGUGAUGUGGGGCUCCAGCAAAGACUUCACCACAAAGGAGGCCUGUGAGUCCCUGUCCCACCACCUGACCUCCUCCUUGAACCCGUACCUCACCAACGUGACGGCGGCCGCCAUGCUGUGCAGCCAGGCCCUGUGCCAGGGGAGGGGCCGCUGCGUCAGGAAGAGGCACGACUCCAGCCACUACCUGCACCUCGACCCCCAGCGCUUCAUGGUGCUGCAGGCCGGAGGGAAGUACGUGGCCGUGGGGGUUCCUUCUGAGGCCGAGCUCAGAGACUGGGAGGAGAGGUUCACCUGCCAGUGCUACGCGGGGUCUCCGUGUGAGGCCAAACUGGUGCCUCUGACCAAAGUCAAAGCCAUCUGGGUCUGAUGUAUUUUACAAUAUUAGCUUUAACCUUCCACAAAGUACUUAUAUUUAUUUAACGAGUUAUUCAUCUGAAAUUGAUGCAAAGAAAGUAGCUCAACAAAUAUGUAUGUAAUAUAUGCACAAAAAGAAGAAUAACUACUAAGAUUUAAAUUAAAUAUGCUCAUAAAAACGCUGACCACAGGCAUUAUUAGAUAAAAAAAACUACAAGUUGCACUACCCGUUGUUGUCCUGCAGGGGGAGACAGAGCUCACUAUACAGUAUACUUUGGCCCACAUGCUUUUCUAAUUAUGGGUUUGCUGCUCAGACAUUUCACACAACAGAACCGAUCGUUCCACAUACUCACCGGUUCU